AAUCAGGAGUUUGGCGUAUGUUACCAACUGGGAAGGUACCAGCUGCAGAAGCACCUAGAGACUUGGGGAGAAAUCGAAAGUGGAGGCGACCGUGAAGGGUUCCCGGGACCGCGCUGCAAAGGGAUCCUGCAGAAAGUGAGGGCUGCGGGAGCUCAGAGGGAGAACAGCCACCAUGACCACCAUCCAAGCCACGAACGAUCCCCUCCAUUCGGGUGUGUCUCCUACGCCCUGUAAGAUCCCAGUAUGUUCUCAGAGUCGUCCGCCUUUCCUCACAGUCAGAACGAGCGCCCAGGACCAGGAGAACCAAGAUCCACGUGGUAGGAGGGGCCUGAGUCUGGUGCAGAAGCCGCAGCUCAGUAUUCAUCGUACCCUUGUUGACUCAGCAGGGCCCAGGUGGAAAGCUACGCACCAAACAGAGAAAUCACAAGGCUUAUGGUGAUCACUCAGUUUUGGAACCUCCCAAGAGGAGCUCAGGCCUAGCCCUAGGGACAAAAUGCGGGGCUUGGGCCCCUUCCACAGGCAGGUGC